AUGAAAACUUUGAUUGACGAUUAUACAGUCUGGGACUACAAAAACGUUGAUUUGUGGAAAGACGAAUAUCCAAAAUGUGGUGGUCAACAACAAUCUCCAAUUAAUCUUAACGAAAUGAUAUUCCAUGAUAAAGGAGAAACAUUAAAGCUUCAGCGCUAUAACAUUCAACCCGUAAAAAUGACAAUAUCAAACAAUGGGCAUACACUGGAAUUGACACCAGAAUGGGAUGUAUCAUCUAGCCCACCGACUGUCAUGGUACAAGGUAUUGAAUAUCAACUUCAAUCAUUCCAUUUCCAUUGGGGUUCAAGUGAUGAUAGUGGAAGUGAACAUACCUAUAAUGCGUCAAAGUUUGUGCCUUAA